UGGGACAGUGUUUUUCCUCUCUCUCCAGGGAUGCGGCAGGGGAAUGACUUUGGCACGCAGUAUCGUUCAGCCAUCUACACGUUCUCGCAGGAGCAGAUGGAAGCUGCCUUGAGAUCCAAAGAAGAUUAUCAAAAGGUAUUGACGGAGGGCGGUUUUGGGGCCAUCACAACAGAAAUCCGGGAGGCUCCGGACUUCUACCUUGCCGAAGAUUAUCAUCAGCAGUACCUCAGCAAGAACCCCGACGGCUACUGCGGGAUGGGGGGCACGGGGCUGUCCUGCCCCAUCGGGAUCAAUAAAUAGUAUCCGCUCAUGCCUCU